AUGGGAGAAACAGACAAUGACAUUAACAAGGACUAUAAGUCUCGCACAGCAUCCUUAUUGCAAGUUACAAACCAGGAAUUCUUCAGUGAGACAGAAGACUUAUUGCUAGCAACAAAUCGAGGAUUCCCUUCUGAUCUCUACUGCUUCUGUUUUUUAGAUCUUGGUGGUGCAGCAGAUAAGAUUAAUUUAAUACCUCAAGACUUUUUUGCAGAACUAUGUGAGCAAGUAAUUCAACAUCUGAACCGUAGGAUCCCUGGUGUAAAUACAAUAGAAUUGUGUCAGAGACUUCAAACAUCUGGGAUUGAGAUUAAUGUUGGUGACCUGGCAAAAAUAGCUAGUACCUUUUCCUUUUUAUUUAGCACAGCAGCCAGAAGCAAUCUCUCUACAGAAGAACUCGUCACCGCUCUGGGCAAUGCUGUCAGAACGCUGCCGAAACAUGCAAUUCAAGUUGUUCGUCAUGUAUGGAAUGAGCAGGGCAAAUCUUUUAGUGUGUCAGAAGAUGAAAGAAAUAUGGCCACAGUGGGGCAGUUUAUAGAUAUCAGUUGGAAACUGGGAGUUGCAAUGAGCUCUGACACCUGCAGGUCUCUCAAGUAUCCUUAUGUUACAGUGACACUAAAAGUGGCAGACCCUUCAGGACAAAUAACAAACAAAUCUUUUGAAAUGACGGUUCCACAAUUCAAGAACUUCUUCAGACAGUUCAAGGAAAUGGCAGCUGUCCUUGAAACAGUUUGAACGGAACUUUUUACAGUGAAGUUUCUAACAGACUUAGAUCGAGUAAACUUUCUGUUCUACACAGGGAGUAGAGUGCUGUUUUUCAAACAAGGUAUGUAUACUCAUGUUCCUGAAGAAUAUUUGCCAGCAUCCUCCUUGAAUCACUCCGAAGACUUCUUCGCUUUUGAAUACUUGAGAUCAACUCUGCAGUGUCUGUAAAAUGUGUUCAGCUUUGUUCAUCCUGGUAUACGAACGAUCAGGAUGUGUAAGGAGAUGUGUUACUGUAGACUUUCUGCUAUCCAAGAUGAAGAAACUAUGCAUUUAACUCUGCAGUGCAGAAGGAUAUGUGGAAACAUUAAUUUGACUGAUAUUAAGAGAAGUGUAAAUCCCGUAUUAACUAUUUUGUCUGUAAAAUUGAGAUGUGCAUAGAAACAACACUAUUAUCUAUGCGGAGUACGUAUAAUUACACAUAGCAAGCAUACAGUUAGUCUGGAAGAAAAGCAGUGACAGGUAGUUAGUUGCAGGUAUUUGCAGACCAGGCUUUCAGUUUCUUUUUAAUUACUGGAGAAUGUACUUGUCUUAACAGUUUAUUUCAAUACUUAUUUCCCACUGCCUGGGCUUAUGAAUACUGAGUUAGUGCAGUACACUUCUCUGGAGACCUAAAACUUACUCCCUGAAAUGAAGCCCAGAGGCUAACUUUAAAUUUAGGAAGAGAGGUUAACUUAAUUCAGAAGCAUUUUAAUAUAUUUUUUGCCUUUGCAUUUAAUUCAGCUCUAAUUUGUGGCAGUCUGCUUGAUGUUUUGAUCAGCACUUUGGUUUCUAUAUUAAAUUAGACUAUUGAUGUAGUUGCCUCACUGCAUCCUCUGAACUAGAAAAGUCAAGAGCAAACUUGAGAAUUCAAAGCUGGUGCAUUAGCCAAACACAUCAGAGAAAUGACUGUACUAGAAGUCAGCAAGGUGGGUGUUGUUUUGUUUUUCCUGCUUAUAUUUUGUGGCGGGAGUCCAUAGGGCUGUGGUGCUCUGUCAGAAAAUGUCCUGAGGAGUAAAAUUUGACUCUGAGAAUGGGGGCAUUUUCAGAGCAGGAGUGAUAAAUUCAGUGUGCUUAUGUAUUCUCUCUUUUUUCCUUCUUGUUUCUAGAGUUUUACAAAACUCUAGACUAGAGUAAACAAAACACAAACUACAAAUACAGUUGGAUGUAAUAAAAACAAUAGUGUUGCAUUUCAAGAUAGGCUGGUGGUCUAAUUAAACAAGUAAGUCUGAAGAUAGACAAAUCAUACUAAUAAGCAGGCUGAAUUUUAUGCUGCAGCUUUGGAAGGCUGGAGAUUGAGAACUAGUUUUGUUGGGACAGAUCCCUAGGUGAUUUCAAGCCCGUAAGUGAGAACAUCCAGCUUUUUAGCCCACAAAAAGCCUUUUUAACUUUUUUACUUUUUUUUAGAAGCUGGCUGAAAGACGCUGCUACAGGUCUUGCCUGCCUUUUUCUCAUGAAAAUAAACUGCACCAUGUUUUCUGUAUUAGGUGUACUUUGAAGAGAGAUACACCCCCCCACACACACUAUUAUUUUGAGCGUUAUUAAUGAUAUGUUGGCUUUAACCAGUGACACUAACAGUCUUGUGCUGUGGCUGUUAAUCUGGAUGAUACUUCCUGUGUGCAGAUGAAGUCACAGAUGUUUGCUUCAGGGCAGGGGAGAGCAGAACCCUAUUUUCUGGGACCUCUCAAUGGAAUGUCACAAAACGGCCUCAGGAGAAGACUUCCUGUUUGCCUUUUCCCAUGUCUGUCUUCAUGGCCUUGGGGCUGAGCGUAUUGCAAAAAUCUUCCUCUCUAAGUGUGUGGAGAAGUGUUGUGAGCAGUUAGUAAUUUUUUUUUUAAUGUAAUCUGUAGAAGUUGGAAUGUAAGGCAUCUGUAACUGGAAAACAUUGUCAUGCUUUGGCCUAGUGAAUUAACUGGUUUAGAUCAAGGUGGGGGAGGUGUGUGUGUGUUUUUUCUCUUUAGAAUGAGAGUGAAGUUGGAGUCUGACAAUGCACUUAAGUUCUCCAUAGUGCUGGAAAUACUUGUGCCUUCGUUGGAACUGGAUGAAGUCCAGUCUUAACUUUAAGUACCUUUCCAGUCUACUCAAUUACUGGUUAUGAGAAAACUUCAGUUACCAUUUUUACUUGGUCUGUCACCAAGAGGAGAAAGUUGGCAACAUCUGAAAAGUGUAACUGUUACAUUUUGUCAAGUUAAAUAUGCCAGAAAUACUAACGAAUAUUUCUGAAAUGUCCCUGCGUUCCUGAAUGCGUGUUGUAACUGGCUGGAAGAUGCCCGGAGGUGUGUGCUGUACCAGCACAACUGACUGAGAAUUCUCAGAGGUGUUUAAUCCAAGAGAUGUGACUAGAAGUUGGCUAUGAACUCAAACUAAUGGGAUUUAUCUUGAUCACUAUCAAUAGGUAUUCAUAUACUAAACAACGGAAGAAUUAAGCACUAUUUAAAAAAGUAAAAACCUAACAGUCUGCAGGAUGGCAAUAUUAACUUGUUCAAACAAGCUGUUGAGACGUGCUUGUCUAUUUGCGCCAGAUCUUUUUAAAGUGAAUCAGGAGUCCUUAUGUAUUCCUGGUUCUACCUGUUGGUUGAUACAGAAUUGUGUAACACGAAUAUUUUUGUAAGUCCGCAAACGAUCAUUAAACAUAUAGGUGACAAAGGUAAA